AUGUCUAAUAUCGUGGAUAUUGAAUAUAACAGAGUUAACAACACCACUUCCACUGAUUUCCCAGGACAUCUGUCGGGAGAAGACUUUUCCUGGGAUAUUGAAAAGUUCAAAAAUAAUUUUGAAAUCAAAAUCAACUCAUUCAAUGAAAGAGAAGGAAAUUUCGACUUGAUCAAUAUUGAUACAUCUAUUGCCAAUGCUUUCAGAAGAAUAAUGAUUGCUGAAGUUCCAUCAGUAGCCGCUGAAACCAUUUACAUCUUCAACAAUACUUCAGUCAUCCAAGAUGAAGUUUUAUCCCAUAGAAUCGGUUUAAUACCUUUAAAAGUAGAUCCUGAUGUUUUAACUUGGGUGGAUCCUUCAUUAGAUGAGAAAGAUAGACACACUGAUGAAAACACCAUUGUUUUAAGCUUGGAUGUCACAUGUACACACAACCCUAAUGCACCAGAAGGAUCAACUGAUCCAAAAGAAUUAUAUAGAAACGCCCAUAUUUAUGCUAAAGAUUUGAAAUUUGAACCUCAAGGUCGUCAAAUCGAGAUUUUCAAAGGAAGACCAGUGGUGGCUGCCGACCCUGAUAUUUUAUUGGCUAAAUUAAGACCAGGUCAAGAAAUCCAUUUAAGAGCUCAUUGUAUUUUAGGUGUUGGUUCAGAUCAUGCUAAAUUUUCACCUGUUUCAACUGCUUCUUAUAGAUUAAUGCCAGUGAUUGAUAUCAAAGAACCAAUUACCGGUCAAGAAGCCAAAAAAUUCCAAAAAUGUUUCCCUUCAGGAGUUAUAGGCAUCAAAAAUGAUCAAGCAGUGGUUGAAAACCCAAGAAAAGAUACUGUUUCAAGAGAAGUUUUGAGACAUCCUGAAUUCGAAGGUAAGGUUAAGUUGGGAAGAAAGAGAGAUCAUUUCAUUUUCAAUGUGGAAUCUACUGGAGCUAUGCCACCAGAUGAAAUCUUCAUUAAAUCCAUUAGAGUAUUAAAGAGUAAAGCUGAUCAAUUAAGGAAUUCUCCAAUUAGUCAAUAG